AUGGAUUCUACUAAACACUACCAAUUCAUGUACUUGGCACUCUUCUUCUUGGGAGUUUGGGCUACUAAAGCUUCGUCGCGGCUUCUAAACGAGCAAUAUAUGUUAGAAAGGCACAAGCAGUGGAUGGCUCAUCAUGGGCGUGUUUAUACAGAUGCAGAGGAGAAGCAGAGACGUUUUAAGAUAUUCAAGGACAACGUGGAAUGGAUCGAGGCAUCUAAUGCUGGCCUGGAUAGAGGAUACAAGCUAAGUGUGAAUCAAUUUGCUGAUCUAACAAAUGAGGAGUUUACAGCUUCUCGCAAUGGUUACAAGAGGCAGUCCUUGCAAGUGAUGUCCACCUCAAAACCAACAUCUUUUAUGUACGCAAAUUUAAGUGCUGUGCCAUCUACUAUGGAUUGGAGAAAGAGAGGUGCAGUGACCCCUGUCAAGGACCAAGGACAAUGUGGAUGUUGCUGGGCAUUUUCAGCAGUGGCAGCUAUAGAAGGCAUUACCCAACUCACAACUGGUAAAUUAGUAUCACUGUCUGAGCAAGAGCUGGUGGACUGCGAUGUUAGAGGCGAGGACCAAGGUUGUAAUGGAGGUCUCAUGGAUGAUGCCUUCCUAUUCAUCAAGCAAAACAAAGGCCUUACAACAGAAGCUAAUUACCCAUACAUGGGAAGUGAUAACACUUGCAACACCAAGAAGGCAGCAUUGGCCGCAGCCAAGAUAACCGGAUAUCAGGACGUGCCAGCUAACAAAGAGCAGGCUCUACUGCAAGCCGUGGCCAAACAACCCGUCUCUGUUGCCAUUGAUUCCGGUGGAUAUGACUUCCAGUUCUACUCGAGUGGCGUCUUCACCGGGACCUGUGGCACUAGCCUUGACCAUGGUGUCACCGCGGUUGGAUAUGGCGCUACCACUGAUGGGACUAAGUAUUGGCUUGUGAAGAAUUCUUGGGGGAGUGGAUGGGGAGAGGGUGGAUAUAUAAGGAUGCAGAGAGAUGUUGCUGCCAAGGAAGGCCUAUGUGGGAUUGCAAUGGAAUCUUCUUAUCCGAUUGCGUGAAGGAAUUUAGAUAUAUGAUUGUUUGUGUUACAUUAAUCAAUAUGUAAAUAUCAUGUAAUUAAUUUGAAUAACAUAUGCAUGGACAUGUAGAGUAUGUGGGUUGUCAUGUGUAGCUCUAGUAUCACCUUGUAAAAUGUCACCAACAAGUGUGUGUAUAUAUAUAUAUAUAUUAAUAUUGUUUGCUUAAAAAAAUUAUUGUUUACUUGUUACCUCAACCAUGUUAUGUUUGGAUGAAACUUUGUAGGAAUUCUAUUGACAUUUUUCGAAAUAAAGCCUCACAAUGAUUAACAUGAGACGUGAUUUGGUAUGUUAUUAGUAUAUAGUUUUUUUUUUUUUAAUUAUGUUAUUAGUAUAUAGUUUUGGCUGCAAUUCUAUUUAUUUAGAUUCAGUAACUAAUUUUAUACUAUAUCGUGCCAUAUAUUAAGGACCUAUAUUGUUCAUAAAUAUCCUGCCAUAUAUUGA